AUGCCUGCGCUGCGGUCUUCAAGUCAAGACUAUGCUCGUCAGAUGCCUACAAAUGCGUCCAUCGUGCACUCCAAACGAAGCUCAACAAGGUCAAUACCCUCAGUUUCAAAUAAGUCCGGGCUCGGAUACACGUCACAGAGUCGACAUGUUUCAAAAUGCCAUUCGACAAGCAAUUCAUCUCCUCCCGCUGCAAAUAUUGCACCAGCAGAGAUCCUACUGGAGAUUUUUUCCAUGCUGACACCGCGAGAUUUCGACAAUGCCCGGCGGACAUGUUCACAGUGGAUGCGAAUUAGCCUGAACUACAAACUGCUGGAGAAUAUGCUGAAAAGAGCAGGGUGGUGGGAUGCAUGGCUGCAAGACUGCAAAACGCCACGCAUCUCCCGGUUAGAUGAGAGCGAGGUCUGGAGAAUGAGCCGCCGCUUUGCGACAGAGUGUCUCCUUUCGGGGCGAAAGUUGAAUGUCGAGAAGCCGGGCUUUUUGACUACCGCUGUCGUAGACUUUUCAUGUCUAUCUGGCUCUGCAGGAAGAAAAUCCCGCCGCACUCAACUUCAGCCGGUUCUGCAGACCGAAGGCAAACGGUCCAUGUCGACUUUCAGCAUUAGCAGUUGCAACAACUACUUGCUCGUGACGACUGGCUGCAUGAUCUAUAUUUAUUCUCUUCUGCGUGGAAAGUCUAGGCCAACGUCUGCAAAAGACUUCAGCAAUAUUGACUUGACGCUAGUCUCGCGAAUCUCAUGUCCGUUCAACAUUAUCUCAGCUGUUAUCGACACCAGCCAGCCCCAAUUCACCAUUGCUGCAUUGCUUUGCAAUCGCGUUGGCAUGAUCUGUAAAUUGGAUAUGGCUUGGGUCAAAGCCCCGGUCACCAAAGGAUCUCAUUUCAAUACCAAAAUGGCCCCCUCAUCCCGCCACUUCUUCUACAACGUCUGCACAGUAGACAACCCACCCCGCACAGUUGCUAUCUGUCCCGGUCAGCCAGUCCUCGCCUUCGGUUGCGCUGCGGGCAUCGAAAUUCAUAGCGUGAACGAAACAAAGCGCAAUGAACAACGCAGAUACUUCACCGUCCCUCAACCCUCCGAAAUCCUUCACUUCCUCCCAAGUAGUCCAGAAACACCCAGCGAACUACGUCUCAUUUCCUCACUAUCCGGACCGGGCGUCCACGAAUGCAAAUGCCCCCCUUCACCCUCAUCUUCAACCUCAUCACCAAAACUCGACCCAAAAAACAACCAAUUCCAUUUCCUUGCAGAUAUCCAAUCCUUCAACCGCCGCCGCAUUCCCCACGCCCCAUCUCGCAACUUCAUGCGCGCAACACACUGCCACCACUAUCGUGCCGUCCCCAUCAACGACGGUUUCCACAUCAUGUUCAUCGAGCCACGCACAAGCCUACUAUGCAUUGGCACCGACGCUCCAAUCGGCGGGCCAACAAGCCUAACCCGCGCAUUCGUCUGCGUUCCGCCACCUUUCUCAAACACCCAAACCCGACAGACCAAGACACCACCCCCAUCCCCAUCCCUCUCAAACACAAUCCCACCUCCAAAAGAUCUUCCAAUCCCAACAACCUUCACCUCAGGCUCCGACCUCCGCUGGGGUCUCCGCGUUGUCGCUGCCUACGGCGACCGCCUCGUGUUAUACUCAAUUCCCCUGGACGUAUUCAACAUGAUCCGCAAAGAGCGUGAACGUCAAGGUGACGGGGUACUGGGCGACAGUGACUUCGCACCAGGCUGGUACGUUGACUCGGAGCGGACGCGCAAACAGCGUGAGAGCCUAGUGCAAAACCAGAAUGGGGAGUGGGAGUUUGCUAUGUCUGUUUCCUAUCGGCCUACGGCUAUGAUGUGGCCGUUUAAGAUCUAUGGCAAGGAGAUCGGGUCUGUGAAGGGGACUGUGGAGCUUGCUUUGCAGUCUUCUGAGGGUGGAGUCAGGGUUUGGGCUUUUGGGCAGGAUGGCAAAGCUACGGUUUUGGAUAUUGACACUGGUGAUGUUCCCACUCGGUCUUUUGGUGUUGGCUCUGAUGGGGGAUUGGAGGAUCUUGGUAUUGUUCAGAGGUCUUUGGGUGGUUCGAGGAAACGGAAGUUCGAGGAGGCAAGGACAGGGUUUGUGGGUUAUGGUGCUGGUCGCUAUAUGGGGGAUGAGAUCAAGCCUUGUGCUGCUGGUGUUCACGGUGUACAUCAUCCAUCGGUUCGGCGGUCGUCUUUUGCGGCUUGUAUUAUAGACUUUAAGAUUCCUUUGUAUUAA